CUCCUUCCCUUCAUGCAGCUGGGGAAGUUUGUAGCGGACGGAGCCCGUCGAAGGUGCUGUCAUGGCCGGGGUGCUCUCCUACGAGAGCUUGGUCCAUGCUAUGGCUGGGGCUGUGGGUAGCAUGUCAGCGAUGACCGUGUUUUUUCCUCUGGAUACAGCUAGGUUAAGACUUCAAGUUGAUGAAAAACGCAAAUCCAAGACGACACAUGCUGUUCUGUUGGAGAUAAUAAAAGAAGAAGGCCUCUUGGCUCCAUAUCGAGGGUGGUUCCCUGUCAUCUCCAGCCUUUGUUGUUCCAACUUUGUCUAUUUCUAUACAUUUAACAGUCUAAAAGCGGUGUGGGUCAAAGGUCACCAUUCCACCACAGGAAAAGAUUUGACUCUUGGGGUGGUUGCAGGUGUAGUGAAUGUAUUGUUGACUACUCCACUCUGGGUAGUGAACACCCGCCUGAAACUCCAGGGGGCAAAAUUCAGAAAUGAAGACAUUGUACCAACCAAUUACAAAGGCAUUGCAGAUGCUUUUCAUCAGAUAAUAAGGGAUGAAGGAAUCCUGGCUCUAUGGAAUGGCACUUUCCCCUCAUUGCUGUUGGUGUUCAAUCCUGCUAUACAAUUCAUGUUCUAUGAAGGGCUUAAGCGGAAAAUUUUGAAGACACAAAUGCAGCUUUCCUCACUAGAUGUAUUUGUCAUUGGAGCAAUAGCCAAAGCAAUCGCCACUACACUCACUUACCCCUUGCAGACGGUGCAGUCAAUUUUGCGGUUUGGACAUCACCGACUGAACCCAGAAAACAAGAGACUAGGCAGUCUUAAAAAUAUUCUCUACCUUCUUCAGCAGAGAAUAAAGCGCUUCGGAUUAGUAGGACUCUAUAAAGGGCUUGAAGCAAAGCUGCUGCAAACAGUCCUCACUGCUGCACUGAUGUUCCUUGUCUAUGAAAAAAUUGCUUCUGCUACAUUCACAGUCAUGCGGUUGAAGCGUCCACUGAAGCACUGA